AAUGGUUAGUUCUGAAAAUGGCGGCGGUUUCUGUCAGUGUGAAGUAAAACUUCCCAAUAUUGCUAAUAAAAACAGGUAUUAUUUGAUACGUUUAGAUGAUUGUCGUCUUGGGGAUAUUGAAGAAAUCAUUUUUGGACUGCAGUUGUAUUUGACGCUGAGUACCGCGACUGACUGACAUCGCUCUUUAGGGAUUUUUGGGUCGCUAGCUGUGGGCUUUCCUCAAAGUUGACGUUAGCAAGUGUGCUUUUUAUAGAAUGUGAAAUAGCGAAACCGAAUGUUGUCAUCCAUACACGGAAAUCAGGAAACCCAGUCCGGCUAAUUAACUCGUUAAAUCACGUUGUAUUUGCCUUUUACGGGUUAUUUUCUCCCCAACACCAUCGGAUUCCCUUAUUUCUGAUUCUUCUACUGUAGCUAAAUCGGGGUCAGGGCUCCCGUGCCCGAUUUACGUCAUUCGUCAACAACAUACUAGAUUGAUGCCCAUCAAUGUUGUGUGCCCUUUCACAACGAAUUUCUUGAUUUGCUAGCUGCAUAACCUGUCCUGGCAAAUCAAUGGACAAGCUUCAGGACCUCAGUCAAUCCGAGCUCCAGGAAUUGCUGGGCAACACAGAGCGGUUGGAGUCCAUGGCAUUGGAAUCUGAUGAGAUCCAGAACAUCCAGCUGGAGAGGGAGAUGGCCCUGGCCUCCAACCGUAGCCUGGCUGAGCAGAACCUGGACAUGAAGCCUCGCCUGGAGAGACAGAGGGAGCACCUAGUGGGAAAGUACUCCCAAUUGGAGGCCGUUAGAGACACCUACAGACAACACUGUGCCCAGAGAGAUGGCAUGGUAGGACAGGUGUCUCCCGAGGGGCUGUUCUCCCGGCUGCAGGUAGAGGGCGCCAGCACCGAGACAGAGUCUGAGUCUCUGGCUGAUGAGUUUCUGGAUGGCCAGCUGUCCCUGGACUCCUUCCUCGACCGGUUCCUCUCCCUACGCUCCCUCGCACACAAGAGACGAGUACGGAUAGAGAAGCUGCAGGAGAUCCUGCGCCAGAAACGGAAGGCGGCCUCGGCGGGCGACUCCGGCGGCGUGCCGUCUCAGGGGAGCACCGGCCAGGACGCGCCGGCGGCACAGCCGGCGCAGUGGAAUCCGCAGCCCCUGGCGGCGCAGCAGCCGUGUUCCAAACCCAACAACCACACUAGCUUCCAAAAUCCCGACUCCCAAAACGGCCCCGGCUGCCCCCUUCCUUAUUCCGCUUACCCCGCCGCGCCCCCCAACCCAACAGCAGCCCCAGCCGCUCCGGGCCCGGGCCCAUCCAACCCCCCGGGCACAUUUCCUCCGUAUCCCGGCCCCAACUCCUCAUUCACUCCAGCGGCGGGCUACGCAGCCCGGCCCGCUUUCGGGCCUCCGGCCCCCACCUGCCCGUACCCCACCCAGCCCACGUUCCCCGGCGCGCCGGGCUCGGUGUCCGCGUUCGGGCAGUACAGUGGGCCCAAUACUGCCCCGUACCCCUCCCCAUACCCGUACAGCGCCGUUGCGGGUUAUAAUUACCCGGGGGUCCCGGCUCUACCCAACUCCCAGUCUCCAACAGGGAGGCCUUUGUAUCGGCCCGGGUUUGGAGUGCCACAGCCCUACUCCUGAAAUCUCUCUUUGCCCUGCCCACCCCCACUUCUCUAGCCCACUCCGUUCUCUCUCGCUCGCUCGCUCUCUUUCUCCCUCACUUAUUUUUAUACUUUUAUCUCUGCUUUAAAUCUCUUAUCCCACCCCCAGUCUAGUCCCCCCUCUGUCUCGGCCUCUCUUCUACUUGUAUGUUUAUCUCUCUCCUCCCUCUUCGUCCACCUCCUCUUUUCCACUCCCUGUCGUUCUUGCGUGCAUGGCUGUCUCAGGACUUCACCUUGUGUUUGAGGGUGUUGUUAGAAGAACUCCUAUUUGCUGUCGGCCCCUUCACUCCCCCGUUCCUGUAUGGUGUGGGCUCCUUCACCCCGCCCUUUGGUUGUUGAUCUUUUCACUGCUCCCUUUCUCCUGUUGGCCCCUUCCCUCCACCCUGUCUCUUUCUAUUGGCUGACAGCCCCCUCACUUUCCCCUCCCUCCGUAGAACAAAGCCAAUCAGCAAGACCGUGGCCACAUCCUUUUCUGAUAGAAAUGUCACUAAAAGAGCUGAGGUGACUCUUUAUUCUACAUUUUAAAGAGCUGUGUUCACAUUCUACAUAAAAUAUAUCUAUACAUGUGUUCCUUAUCACUCUGAUGUUGGACACUGUGGUACGCGUUUGUCCCUUGUGGCACUGUGUUCUGUAUACACAUUGGGACUUAUUCUAACAUCCAUGUCAAUCUACCAGUGCACCAGAUACAUGUAUCAAUCAUAUGCGUUCCUUCAUGACUACAGGGGGGUGGUUUGCUUGAAACCCGCCUGAAACCAUAACGUUUACAGGUCUGUUCAGCCUUGUCGAAUUUUGUGGCUCACUCAUAACAGUUCUUGUACUCACUCUGUUGCUUUUCGUUUAGGUUAGAGAGCACUUCAGGCUACAGAAAAAAAAUAGCAACUCUUACCAAACCAUGGCAUUUCUUUCUUAUUGUAUUCAUUAUUGAUAAAGGGAGCUAAGCAGAUCCUAGAUCCAACACUGGGGCCAGAUCUGCGGUGGUUCUGGAGACGUCACAGACCUUUUUCUUAAUUCUCCUCAGUCCCUUAACUUGCCGUGCAUGAGUGAUGUGUUUAGCUUACAAAUCCUUUCUUUCCUGACAGAAUUCAAGUUGGUUGGUUGAUUAGGUUUGCUGAUGCCUAUUAGUAAUGAUGUCCUUGUUUACAGAAUAAUGCCUGUCAAGGACACCGCCUGUGUGUCUUUCAUCUUUUUCUUUCUUGGUCUCCUCCGCCUUUCGCUCUCCUUCGCUCCUCCUCGCCCGGGCUCUGUCGGUGGGAAACUCGCCUCUCGUCUUUCUCUGCUCCCUCUACACUUUCGUCUCGCCUCUUCCUCCCGCUCUUCCUCUCGCUUUCCCUCCCGCUCUCCCUCCAUCUCCUGCCUGUUCAAAAAUGAACUGAUGCUUGACAAUGAGAGAAUAGUUUAUUUCUGUAAAUUCACCAACGAUGACGAUACUCGUGCGAUUUGUAUAAAUGAUUUAAACAAGAUCCUGAUGAUAACGACUAAAAUGACAUUAAAGUGAGAGUUUAGCAGUGGGCCUCGUGGCCUCUGGUCAGAAUAGGACUUUAUAGUUGUUUAGGACAACGAGGGCUGUGACCUAGGCAAGGCGGGAACCAGCAGGUUGCGCUACAAAGGUUCACAGCGCCUUCAUGAUGGCUCGCGAAGCAUUCACACACCUCAGCGCCAUCGCCAAGUCACGAAGCUGUGCUCGCACCGCCACGUCACCCCUAUGCAGAUCACAAAGCCCUAUCAGUGGUCUUCGAUGGAGCGCGCAGGCUAUGCACUAUCACAUUAGCGGUCAUGAAGACGCUGUGAAGCUUCUCCGUGGGCGUUUGCUCCUACAGGGCCUCUUUAUCAGGUUAACUGGUCUCGACCGGUGUUGUCUAAGACCGGGACGCGGUGUCUUACUUGUGUCGUCACACUAAAGCUGCGUGAGAAACGCUGCCCCUAUUCCCUAUGUGAUACAACCUUAUCAGCGCUGGUCAAAAUUUGUGGACUGUUGGAGACGGGGUGCAUUAUGGGUGCAGCCUAUUACUCUGUAUAAAGAGUAGAAGAGAAGUCUAAAGUAGUGUUUUAGAAGCACAAGGCCAGGGGCUAAGCAGCAUUAACGAGAGGGAUGUACAAAACUAUAUGAUUUGACUUGAUGACUACUGUAGCUGGUUUUAAGUGUUUCUUUUUUCUUUUCUUUUGAUGUGAAUAAUAUUAAACACUGAACUUGAUCUACGAGCUGUGAGUCGACUCCACUUCACUUGAUUUGAUCGUCUGUUUUUUGGUGGUUCAUUCACAGCGUUAAAGGUGUCCUUUUUCUGACUUCUUAAUCCAGCAACCUCGAACGAUUCAAGUCGAAUGUAACUUUGAGUUGAAUUGAUUUGUUCUGGAAGGUGAGGGCUAUGCUUCAGUGGUGUCUUUGUGUGAUGUUGAGUGCUUGUGAUCUUUUUUUUUCUCCCCCCUCUUCUUUCAAACAUCACUGAGCAAAUGUUUCUAAUGUGGGCUGAGAAGAUAGUACAAGAAAGAGAGAAAAGAAGUGUCUUCAGAUGAGAAGAAAUUCCCUCGUAAGUUCACGCCUUUGAAGGGAGGAAGUUUGCAGAAACCUUUGCAGAAAGAAAGCAAAAA